AGCAGCAGAACUCCGGUUGGCUUCCGCGAGAUCCCGCGGCAAGAAUCUUCAUCUACAUCAGCAUAGGAGGUGUACUUUACUAUGUUGCGCACCUAGAACAAGUACCAGAGACUGGUCGAUGGCGGUUCAUGGACAUCAGUCCCAGGUUGGACAGCAAGCUUGCCCAAGCCUCCUAUGCAGAACUACUCAAUCCAGUUCCGCGGGAAGAUCCUCCCCGCCGACCACCCUAUUACACGUCAUGUGCGCCGAGUCGUUACUGAUAUCCUCGAAACCAACAAUCUCGGGAGCCUGUACUCGAGCGAACCUCGUCGGCGGUCGUUCUUUGGGGAUGAUAUUUGGGAAGAAGACGCUUUUGCAGCUGCAAGAUCGAGGACAACGAACUCCGUCCCCGAGAGCGGUGGAAAGGAAUGGCAUCUGUUGGUAGUAAACGAUCCCAAAGUUGUCAAUGCAAUGGCAACGUUUGGUAAUAUCGUGGUAUUCACCGGUAUAUUGCCUAUAUGCAAGGAUGAGCAAGGUCUUGCCGCCGUCUUAGGCCACGAAAUUGGGCACGUGGUUGCCAGGCACCCUCAAGAACGUUAUUCCUCAACCAAAAUCCUCAUCUUCGCCGCAUUUAUUCUUCAAUCUGUUGGUCUGGACUGGGGUUUCAGCAGUCUCCUCAGCAAACUGUUACUAGAACUACCGAAUUCGCGUAAGCAGGAGCUAGAAGCGGACACGGUCGGCCUGCGUCUGGUCGCGCGAGCAUGCUAUGAUCCUCGAUCUGCAGUGGAGAUGCACCUCCGGCUCGCUAACCACGAACGCACCCACGGUGGUUCGAGCUUAGAAUUCCUACGAACACAUCCUGGAGCAACGCGGCGUAUCCAACACCUUGAGGAACAAAUACCGGAGGCAGACGCUAUUCGUGCCAGCAAUCCCCGGUGUACCACCGAUCAGGAUUCAUUAAGUCAAUUUAAUAGAAUGUCGCGCUGGGCUGAUAAAACAGUCCAGGAAGUGCCGUUCCAGUCGUGAGGGAGGGGUAUGGUAUCACUAACAUUAUUGCGGUUGCAAGGAUAUUGAGAUAGAUGCCAAGCAUC